AUGAGCACAAUACAUGGUGAAGAGGCACGUGUUUUGGUGUUGUAUACAGGUGGGACGAUUGGGAUGAAAUGCAUUGAUGGAGUAUAUCGUCCGGAAGCUAAUUAUCUUCUGCGUGCUAUGCGUAAUAUGCCACUAUUAAACGAUUGUGAUUAUGUGUCCACAAAUUAUGCUGAUGCCAAAACAAAACCGUACUGUUUGCCAUCGCUACAGCAUUCGAAAAAACGUCUUGUUUAUUGGGUGGUCGAGUAUGAUCCGCUUUUGGAUUCAUCAGACAUGACUUUUGAUGACUGGAUUAAAAUUGGUAAGGACAUUCAAGAAGCUUAUGAUCAAUAUGUGGGUUUUGUUAUAUUGCAUGGUACUGACACGUUGGCAUAUACCGCAUGUGCUCUAUCAUUUAUGCUUGAGAAUGUUGGAAAACCCGUUGUUAUAACGGGUGCUCAAAUCCCAGUGUUUGAGGUUCGAUCUGAUGGUCGGGAAAAUUUGAUUGGAGCACUGAUUAUGGCAGCCUAUUAUGAUAUUCCUGAAGUUACUGUAUAUUUUAAUAAUAAACUCUUCCGGGGAAAUCGUACAAUAAAAGUAGAUAACAGCUCGUUAGAAGCCUUUGAAAGCCCGAAUAUGCUCCCAAUUGCUCACAUGGAUAUUGAUAUAAAAGUUAAUUAUGAUUCAAUAUUCCGCUCUCCCUCAGUAGCUCCUUUCGUAAUACACGAUCGGUUAUGUCGAAAUGUUGGAUUGUUACGAAUUUUUCCAUCAAUAUCCAUAGAAAAUGUGAGAGCAUCAUUGCAACCACCCACCGAAGGUGUUGUCCUGCAGACAUUUGGUGCUGGUAAUAUGCCAUCCCAUAGAACAGAUAUAAUAGAUGAAUUGAAAAAAGCUAUUGAUCGAGGAUGUCUUAUUAUCAAUUGUUCACAGUGUGUCCGGGGACAAGUAGAUGUUCAGUAUUUAACAGGAAAAAUUCUUUAUGAUAUAGGAGUCAUUCCUGGUUCAGAUAUGACUACGGAAGCAGCAUUAACAAAAUUAUCAUAUGUACUAAGCAAAGAUUGUUGGGGACUUUCAAAGAAGAAAGCAAUGAUGGUCAAAAAUAUCAGAGGCGAAUUAACUGUUACACAAUCAAAACCACUCAGAGACCUUGAAAUAGUUUCACAGAUAGCAAGGUUCUUGCAUCUAAAUACUUCUCACGAAAUGGAGUUUCUACGCCACGCUAUUCUUCCACAAUUACUAUGUCAUGCAGCUGAUAGUGGUAAUGUCGAGCUGCUUCGUGCACUUCGUGAAAAUGGAGCUAAUCUUUCGGCUAUCGAUUACAAUGGACGCAAUGCUCUGCAUAUAGCAGCUAGUGGAGGACAUGUGGACGCUGUAAAGUACCUGUUGACUCAAGGCGUUAGUUUCCAACUUAGGGAUCAGCGAGACGAGAAUGCCCUUGUAGCUGCAGUAAGAACAAAAAACAAGGUUUGCAUUGAGACUUUGCGGUCUGCAGGAGCAGUACUUUCCAUAAGUCCGUUCCAGCUAGGUGUUGAACUAUGCCUAUGUGCCAGUUGUGGUGACAUAGAGACACUAAAUUCUUGGCUUGCUGCUGGAGCUGAUAUAAAUCAACAAGACUACGGUGGUAGGACUGCUCUGCAUAUUGCGGUAGAAUCAAGAAAUAAGCAACUAAUAUAUUAUCUGCUCGGUCGAGGUGCUGAUCCAGACAAAAGUGACUAUUUUGAUUUAACACCACUCGGGCAUGCUAAAAAACUUAAUUUGCAAGAUCUGGUCAUUAAGAUGAAAAAGCGCGAAGUUCAGUAA